UGGGACUAGGCUGCAAACAACCUUGAUCGUCGAGUAGCAAUAAUGAAUGACUUUAACAAGGCUUAAGGCGGAGGCGACCAAUUUUAAUCACGUGAAAAUCAGUCUGCGAGCAUUCAGGCGUACAAAAAAUGCACACGUUAGGCAACUACAGAGAGAGUUGAGUAAUGUUGAGUAAAGCGACUGCAAUGGAAAAUGGCCUUUAUUUAGUCUUAGACAUCUCAAAGACUUCAAACGUUUCAAAGUUGGCAUGUUUAUGAGCCUUCAAAUGAUGUAAAUAACGUACGUAGCACUUCAACAACAACGGCAUACUGGAAUGUUCCAAGUGAAUACAAUUUAUAAUCGCUUUUGUCUUGGGGGUAAAACUCUUUUGUGAAUGACCACGUCUUCAUUGACGUUGCCGUUGUAACGCCCACGGGCAAUGCCACCGUAGUACUGGUACUUAAACUCGAGCGAAGCCGAAGGCGUUGAAAUUGAUUGUAUAUUUAUUUUUUUAAGAACAGUUAAUAGUCUGUGCAAGCUAGAAGGCGAACACCAAGUUAUAUGCAGCCAAGAUGGAAAUUGACUUCACAGGAAAAACAGCGCUGGUAACUGGGGCUGGAAAAGGUAAAAGUAGCUUGACUUAACAGACUUAUUUACCUUUGUGUGUGGACUGCAACAACAAUAGUAGACUUCAUACGAAGGGCCUUCGCUCGAAACAUCGAAGUUUUGCUUAUAUUUUUCAGGUAGUUGUAUAUCUUUCACACCAAAGUCCCGAUAAUGAGAGUACAGACUACAGUUUACGAGAGUUGGCAGUCACGCGGAAUUGUUACACGUAAAGGAAAUUUCAAGCUCAAGAUUGUGUUUGUUUCUAUGCAGAGAUAUUUGGACACGUAGAGCACUAGAGGCAUAACAGAUAUAUAAAUAAGAAAUGCAACUAAAAACAAUUUUAACACAUUUUAAAAGAAUUUGUCGGAAUAAUUUAGAAUAAAACGGAAUACUCUAGUCUCUAGUUUCAAGUGCCCGCUCUUAUAAAGAAGAACGAAAAUCUCGCCCGGCUUGACGAUUGUUUUGCGAAGUUCAGCGGCGGCAGCCUUCGCAGUUGUGUGAUGCUCCCGUUGCUCCGCUGUUCUAGAUCUCACAAAUACGUAUACGUCGAUGUAUUUGUGUGUUUUAGUUACAUUGAGUUCAGUGGCAAUUUUUCUCAAUGACAAUUUUAAGAUGUGUUGUGAUUGGUAUUAUAUGUCUGUUUUUAUUUUGUUCUGUCAAUCCAAAAAAAUACCACAAAUUGUUCUAAUUGGGCAUGGUCAAGGAUGAAUGAAUGAAAAUUGUUCUUCUUUCACGGCAUAAAUAGUUAGACUAUGAGACUUUUCACGUUUUUGGCCAUUUUAAAGUACGUUGGCCUCCCCCCUGCCCCCAUGAUCAAUGUUGGAAAAAGUGGGUUGAAUCUCUUUUCAGACAUUCACACAACAUUGAAUUGGGGGUGAGGGGGCAUUUAUGCGGUUGUCUCAAUAAUCUUUGCUCCUGACUAGGUCAAUAAUUCUGCCGAAUCUUGAACUCCUUUUUUACGGAAAUGGGUUAAACCUAAUCUUGUUCAUACAUUUAGUGUCUGCGCACUGUCUGCUUGUCCGUGUUACGAAAUUACAACUGUGUCAUACAAUGUAUAUGCAUGUGCCACUAGCAAGUACAUUAUCAACAGCCGAAAACCACACACUGUUUUCAAAUUGCUUCAUUGUAAUGGUCCUUAAAAUCUAGCUAAGCGAAUUUUCAAUUGUUUUGAAGGAAUUGGCCGAGCAACAGUCAAGUUGUUGGCGAAAUGUGGAGCAAGUAUUGUGGCACUUUCAAGAACAAAAAGUGAUUUAGAUUCUUUACAGGACGAGGUUGGUCUUUUUUCAAAACCAGAUGGCAUACCGGCAUACUAA